AUGUCGGCGCAGGUAGCUAACCAGCGGAAGCAGCAAGAUCUGCAAACCCAGUAUGGCAUCUACAAGAACACUCUGCAGCAGAUUGCGCAGAAAAUCGGCGACGUUGAGCAGGAAGCUGAAGAACACAAGCUUGUACUAGAGACGUUGCAGCCGCUGUCCGGGGACCGAAAAUGCUUCCGCCUGAUUAACGGGGUCUUGAUGGAGCAGACGGUCAAGGACGUCAUGCCCGCCCUUACGACAAACUCUGAAGGUCUGAAGAAGGUUCUUGAGGACCUUGUCAAGCAGUACAAGGCCAGGCAGGACGAGUUGGAAAAUUGGAAGAAGAAGAACAACGUCCAGGUUGUCCAGAAUUGA